AUGCCCUCAUCCCCUCGUCAUGGAAUUCUCAUCGAACGCUAUAGUCUAUGGCCCGCACAACUCUCCGCAUCCAAGACCUUAGGAUGUGAGAAAGAUAUCGAUGCCUCUCGUCUUCACGCUCGAAAUGUGAUCCCACGCACGAGCCGCGCUUUCCCCGCUGGCAACGUCCUGAAGGACCCGAGCGGGCACGAAGGCUACCGCAUACAUAUGAUAGAGACGUCGGGGUGGCCGAGAAAGGUUUAUUGCACUCGACCACGGCGAUAA